UGGAUUAAUUUUUGGAGGUCGAUACACUCCAGUACUGCACUGUGAUUGUUCUUCUGUACUUCUCUCUGUAGUGCAAUCCGUCCGUUGUCGGGAUUUGGGGUACUUUUGAUGCUCAAAACCUGAAUCGCUUAGAGCGUCUGUGCAAGUCGGGGUUUUGGGUGGUGUCUGGCACAUGUCUUCCUCUGUCGCUCCGUCCGUGGGUGAAUGUUUGUUUGCUUGCCUGCCACUUUAUAAUCUCUCAAGAAAUCGGCCCUCCUUGGAUCACAAAAGUCUGUUGUGGCGGAAGGAUUGUGUGACUGGGUUCAGACAGAGCUGCAGAGAUUCUCAGCAGGUAAUGAAUUGCUCUGGAAUGUGAAGCAGACUCAAGGGGACCAUUAUGGCGCUGAGUAAUUUCUUAGUUACAGUAGUCGGGGUUGGAGCCAUAGUGCUCAUGCUUCGUGGGGAUGUGCGGAAGUCAUCUGUUACGCUGCGACGCAAUCUUCGUCACAUUCGCGAAUGGCUUGAAACGGAGCAAGUAGCCGCAUCCAAGGGAGAGCCAGUAAAACCCAAGGAAAUGGAGGCAGGGUCAAUACCUUCAGAGAAACCACCCAAGAAGGAAGAGAAAGUACAUUAAAAAUGUCAACCACUUCCAUCUGAGUCCUCCCUGGAGUGCGCCACUGCAACCGAACACAUUGUAACUUGUACACUAUUGGAGUGGUGGUUCUCUGCGAUUGAGUAGUUUGAUAUUGGCGACAAAGUGUGUACCUAGGGGAUGCGCUUACGUAAUUAUUGGGAGAGUACCCACUGCGCCGCCUGAAGCCCUUCAAACUGCAUUCACGAUUUUUUCUAAUAAUUGAUGUAUAAUAUACAUCAAAGACUAUGGAAAAAUCAAGACACUGCCGGAAGUGCAAAUAUUCGCUAUGAGAUUUUCGAGAUCAGUAUCUGUCGUCGGCACUUUCCAAAGUCAUCUAAAGUGUGCCGUGGUCAGAGCUUUUGACAGGUUAGACCAAAGCUUAACAAUGAAAAUGAUGAAUUUUAAAAGGCACCCUGGCCUAUUUUGUGAGGGUUGUCAAGACCUCCUUUUCAUGGUAUUAUGGUGAACGAUUUUAGUGGAUCAUUUUUAUAUCAUUGAACGUCUUAUGAUUUACACCGGAUUAUAGUUGUGAAAUCCGCCGAAGACCACCUCGUCGAGUUUGUCCGAAAUCUAAAUUGUUAGGUGUUACUCAUUUAAUUUGUAAGUCCUUGCUCUGAUUCUGCUCCUAAAGCAAGGUUCUUACAUGCAUUGUAUGUUUAUCUAUCGGA